AUGCCAGUGAUUGGCGCGAUGUAGCUUCAGUGUGCACCUACGAACGAUACCAUGAGCACUCCGCAGAAGCUACUAAUACUCGCCCUGGUGGCGACGGCGGCGCUGGCCAGCGACACGAAGGAGUCGGCCGCCAAGGCGACCGCUAAGACGACCGUCGAGACGAAGGAAAAGAGCAAACGAGGACUGGAGUUGAGUUUAGGAGGCGGCGGUUUCGGUGGUCACGGCAUAAGCUUCGGAGGAGGAUUCGGUGGAGGACACGGAGGAGGUCUAGGUGGAGGAUUCGGUGGGGGUGGCGGCGGCGGCGGAGGCGGAGGCGGAGGCGGAGGCGGAGGUGGCGACGGAGGUCGCAUAACUGGCAUCACGAUCCAUCGAGAGAACCAAGUUCGCGUGCCUCAACCGUACCCUGUCGAGAGAACAGUACCCGUACCAGUCUCUGUUCCGGUUCAUAUCCCCGUCGAGCGUCCAGUUCCGGUACACAUACCGAAACCUUAUCCAGUUCCAGUGGAGAAACAGAUUCCGGUUCCAGUGGAGAAACCGGUCCCAGUGCCGUACAAUGUGCCCGUCAAAGUGCCUGUGAAGGUUCCAUACCCGGUCAGCGUGCCGUACAAGGUACCGAUCGCAAUUGAAAAAGAGGUUCCUUACCCAGUCAAGGUCCCCGUCCUCGUUAAGGAGUCUUAUCCAGUACUGGUCAGCGGCGGUCAUGGCGGUUUGGGAGGUGGUGGUGGAUUCGGAGGCGGUGGAUACGGAGGUGGCGGAUACGGGGGCGGUUUCGGCGGACACGAAAUAUCCUUUGGACACCAUUGA